CUGUCUGCCUCGCUGCUCAGAGUGGUUUGCGUCUGUAACUCCGUAUAGCUUUGUUUUGAAUCUCUUACUUUCAUUCAUUGUUGCUUAUAUUAUCAUUACCUUAUAUAUAGUAUUGCCUACCACAUUAAUCUGACGUCGCUAGCUUUUAAUCUUUGAAUCUAAAUCGCUAUUACAACGCGUUUGCAUCUCGCUAGCUUGUUAACUUGUCAUCAGUCUCUCGCGCGGUCAUUUUCUUUUCAACGCGUUCAUCAAACAGCUGUGGUAAGUCGGAUCAGUCUACAAACACGGUGAGUCAUGUCAUCCUCUCCUAGUGUUAUAUCAUGUUCUGUUUGCCACAUGUUCAGUAUAGCUUUCUCUGUCAGCGACGAGGGAUUUACAUGUCAUAAAUGUAGGGAAAUAGUCAGGCUGACAGAGAAAAUCUCAGAAUUAGAGACACGCAUCCUUAAUUGAGGAUAGUAAGAAUGUAAGGGCUUCAGAUACUGUUUUGGAUGCCACUAGCUUAGUGAACUCUGUACAUUGUUCAGUUCCGGCUGUAGAGCCCGCGCAGCAGGGCACUUGGGUAACGAUGAGGCGGCCUAGCCGCGGAAAACACCACUCUUCCGUUCCAAUAAGAACAUCAAACAGGUUCUCCCCACUCAGUGAAACACCCACUGAGAAUCCUGUUGAAAGUGCCCUAGUUAUUGGCGAUUCUAUUACACGGAACGUGAAAAUAGAGACACCAGCCACCAUAGUCACAUGUUUGCCAGGAGCCAGAGCACCUGACAUUAAAGCAAAUUUAAAAGUGCUGGCUAAUGCUAAUCGUAAAUACUCUAAAAUCAUUAUUCACGUCGGCACUAAUGAUGUUCGACUUCGCCAGUCGGAGAUCACUAAAAUUAACAUUAAAGAGGUGUGUGAACUCGCAAGUACAAUGUCAGGAAAAGUAAUCUGCUUUGGUCCCUUUCCUGUUCGUCGGAGUGAUGAGAUAGUUAGCAGAUUAUCAUCACUCAAUGGCUGGCUGUCUAAGUGGUGUCCGCAGAAUAAUAUAGGUUUCAUAGACAAUUGGAAAAGUUUUUGGGGGAGACCUGACCUGUUGAAAAGAGAUGGUAUUCAUCCCUCCCGGGAUGGUGCUGCUCUUCUCUCUAGUAAUAUGGCACAUAGUCUUAGAGCUGAAACAUGACAAACUGGGGCCCAGGUCAGGAAGCAGACAUACCGGCUAAACCGACCGUCUGCUAGCUGCCUCACGUUACAGAAGUCAGAUAAUUCCCAACACAUAGAAACUCUUACACCUAGACAUUAUCACAUAGAGACUGUGUCUGUACCCCGAAUUAGUAAAAACAAAAAACUUCCAAACCCAUUUAAUGGUAAAAAUUUAAUUGAUGUUCAACAAAUAAAAAAUAGAGAUAAUACUGAUAAACAAAUGAUAAAGCUUGGGUUGUUAAAUAUUAGAUCCCUUUCUUCAAAAGCACUUAUUGUAAAUGAUAUUAUCACAGACAAUAAUCUGGAUUUGCUGUGUUUGACAGAAACUUGGCUAAAAUCAGAUGAUUACAUUACUUUAAAUGAGUCUAGCCCUCAAGGUUAUUAUUUUCGACACAAUCCUCGUCAGAAAGGCAAAGGGGGAGGUGUUGCUGUAAUUUAUAGUAAUAUUUACAGUAUUAGUCAAAAAUCUUUCAAAUAUAAUUCCUUCGAAGUGAUGGUACUUUAUGUAACAUUAUGUAAGUUGACAUUUGUGCUGGCUACUGUAUACAGGCCACCACGACACAAUACAGAAUUUAUCAAAGAAUUUGCUGAUUUUCUAUCGGAGUUAGUACUAGCUGCAGAUAAAGUCCUUGUUGUUGGUGAUUUUAAUAUCCAUGUAGAUAAUGAAAAAGACGCAUUAGGAUUGGCAUUUACAGACAUUCUAAAUUCUAUUGGAGUUAGACAACACGUGUCAGGACCCACUCAUUGUCGUAAUCAUACUUUAGAUCUAAUAUUGUCACAUGGAAUCGAUAUUGAUGCUGUUGAAAUUCUGCAGCAGAGCGAUGACAUCUCAGAUCAUUAUCUAGUCUCGUGUAUACUACAUUUAGUCAAGGCUGCUAAACUGCCUCCCUGCCAUAAAUAUGGUAGAACCAUCACUUCUACCACUAAAGAUCGCUUUAUAAAUAAUCUUCCUGAUCAGUUUCAUCGCCUUAGCAUACCAGAUCGCUUAGAAGACCUCGAUGUUGCAACAGAAACUAUUGCCUCUGUCUUUUCCAGCACAAUAGACUCAGUUGCUCCUUUGCGUUUAAAAAAGAUUAAGGAAAUUAAUCCAGUGCCGUGGUACAAUGAGCACACUCAGGCCCUAAAGGUAGCAGCCAGAAAAAUGGAGCGCAGCUGGAAGAAAACAAAACUAGAAGUUUUUCACAUUUCGUGGAGAGAGAGAAUGAUUGAGUACAGAAAGGCCUUAAAAACUGCCUAUUUUUCAAAACUUUUAGAAGAAAAUAAGCACAACCCUAGGUAUUUAUUUGAUACAGUGGCUAAAUUAACAAGAAAUAAAGCUUCAACUUCUGAUGUUUCCAAAGAGCACAGCAGUAAUGACUUUAUGAACUUCUUUACUUGCAAGAUUGACAAUAUUAGGGAGAAAAUUAUAACCAUGCAACCAUCUACUACAGUAUCGCAUCAGACAGUGCAUUGUAGUGUCCCUGAGGAAAAAAAAAUAAUUCAUUUACUGCUUUAGGAGAGGAAGAAUUGUCUAAACUUGUUAAAUCAUCAAAAUCAACAACAUGUAUGCUAGACCCUAUACCGACUAAGCUAUUGAAAGAGAUGCUUCCAGAGGUCAUAGAUCCUCUUCUUAAUAUCGUUAAUUCAUCUUUAUCACUAGGAUACGUACUGAAAACUUUUAAGCUGGCUAUUAUUAAACCUCUUAUUAAAAAACCACAACUUGAUCCUAGGGAAUUAGUCAAUUACAGGCCAAUCUCAAAUCUCACUUUUCUGUCAAAAAUACUAGAAAAGGCAGUAUCAUCACAACUAUGUUCCUUUUUAGAAAGAAAUAGUAUCUGUGAGGAUUUCCAGUCAGGAUUUAGACCGUACCAUAGUACUGAGACUGCUCUCAUUAGAGUUACUAAUGAUUUGCUCUUAUCAUCAGAUCGUGGUUGUAUCUCUCUAUUAGUGUUACUGGACCUUAGUGCUGCAUUUGACACUAUUGAUCACAAUAUUCUUUUAAAUAGACUCGAAAAUUAUGUUGGCAUUAGUGGAAUUGCACUGUCAUGGUUUAAAUCAUACUUAUCUGACCGUUAUCAGUUUGUAGUAGUAAACGAAGAGAUGUCAUAUCGAUCACAAGUUCAAUAUGGAGUACCGCAAGGCUCAGUACUAGGACCGUUGCUGUUCACUCUGUACAUGCUACCCUUGGGAGAUAUCAUUAGGAAGCAUGGCGUUAGUUUUGACUGUUACGCUGAUGAUACUCAGCUUUAUAUUUCUUCGCGCCCUGACGAAACUUACCAAUUCACAAAAUUAACGGAAUGCAUAGCUGAUAUAAAAAAUUGGAUGACCAGUAAUUUCCUACUACUAAAUUCAGAAAAAACAGAGAUUCUAAUUUUUGGACCAAAAACUUCUUCACGUAAUAACCUAGAAUACUGUCUAACACUUGAUGGCUGCUCUGUUAAGUCUUCGUCGUCAGUUAGGAACCUGGGUGUGCUCUUUGAUACCAAUCUUUCAUUUGAAGGCCAUGUUUCUAGCAUCUGUAAAACCGCAUUCUUCCAUCUUAAAAAUAUAUCUAAACUAUGACAUAUGCUCUCAAUGACAAAUGCAGAACAGUUAGUUCAUGCGUUCAUGACCUCAAGGCUAGAUUACUGUAACGCUCUACUGGGUGGUUGUUCCGCUCGCCUGUUAAACAAACUACAGCUCGUACAAAAUGCAGCAGCUAGAGUUCUUACUAGAACUAGGAAGUAUGACCAUAUUAGCCCAGUUCUGUCAACACUGCAUUGGCUUCCUGUUAAACAUCGUAUAGAUUUUAAAAUCUUGCUAAUUACUUACAAAGCACUAAAUGGUUUAGCUCCCCAAUACCUGAGCGAGCUCUUAAUGCAUUAUAGUCCUUCACGUCUAUUGCGAUCUCAGAAUUCAGGCCAGCUGAUAAUACCUAGAAUAUCAAAAUCAACUGCAGGCGGUAGAUCCUUCUCCUAUUUGGCACCUAAACUCUGGAACAAUCUUCCUAGCAUUGUUCGGGAAGCAGACACACUCUGUCAGUUUAAAUCUAGACUAAAAACGCAUCUCUAUAACUUGGCAUACACAUAACACAUUAUCAAUUUAUUUUUUCAAAUCCGUUAAAGGAUUAUUAGGCUGCAUAAAUUAGAUCAACCGGAACCGGGAACACUUCCUAUAACACCAGAUGUACUCAUUACAUCAGAAGAAGAAUGGCAUCUACGCUAAUAUUAGUCUUUCUGUUUAUCCCGAGGUUCACCGUAGUCAACCGGAUCCGGGCCGUAUCCAGGUGAGACCAAGGACCUGCGCCUUGACACGACCACAACGCAGCCCUGAAGUAUCAGCAGAGAUUGAGUCAACUAGAUCAUCCACUGUGAGGGCCUCAUCGACACGACAGCCACAACACAGUUCCUCAACAACAGUCCAUACCGCCGUGAUGAAUACGAUCCUCAAUUGGAUGGAACUGGAAUAAAUACUUUGAAUGUUGCGAUCCUGUCGGACUUAUGAUAGCUACCUGAAUCGUAACAAAGCACUGUUGGCCAGAGGAGAACUGGCCCCCCGACUAAGCCUGGUUUCUCCCAAGGUUUUUUUCUCCAUUUAAACACCUAUUUGCCACUUGUCUGCCACCUGAUGUCACCUGAUGGAGUUUGGGUUCCUUGCCGCUGUCGCCUUUGGCUUGCUUAGUUGGGGACACUUGACAUUUGACUUGACAUUUGAUAUUCAACAGUGCUUUGAUCUGCCUGCAUUGACACUAUUCUUUUAAGAGCUGCUGUGCAGCCAAAUAAUGUACCAGUUAUCAAUGUAAAGCUGCUUUGACACAAUCUACAUUGUAAAAAGCGCUAUAUAAAUAAAGGUGACUUGACUUGACUUGA